GAAAAAAACUAGGGUUAGUACUAACCCAAAAAGGUUAGUGCUAACCAUUAGAUUUUUGCUUUUUCCCCAAAAUUACAGUAAUAUCACGGAAAAAAAUUAAAUCCUCCCCGUACGGGAAUCGAACCCGUGUCUUCCGCGCACUGUUUUACCCUUUUUUCCUACUAUUUGACAGGCGGAUAUACUCACCACUAUACGAACGAGGAUUUCCAGGGAUUUCGCACUCCGAGGGAUUUUGCACAUUUUGACUAAACCCACUCGUUGUUGCGUGAUUUAGCACAUGAUCCAAAUUUCAACGCUAUGGAUAACCAGCAAAACAACCUGCGAAAUUGACACACGCGCAAUAAAGUCUUAUUGGAUCAUAUGUUUUUUAAUAAUCGACAAAAGUUAAUUUUUUGGACCAGAAAAAAUGGAAGAAGUCGAUUCAAUUCUUAUCUCACAGCUUCGAGAAAUUGGAUGUGAUUUAGAUGAUGAAAACAUUCAUGGUAUCGUUUCAAUGGAUUCAUAUCAGAUCAUGAAAUGUGUUGCCAUUUGUUUACGACGAAUUCAAAUCAAUGAUGAUGCUGUAGAUUCAUUGAUACCAGAUCCAUCGGCAAUCAAUUCGACGAUGAACAUGUCCAUUAAAUAUAAACUAGCUAAUCAAUUGUCCACCUGUAUACAGAAUAUUGGAUACAAAUCUGAUAUUGGCUAUCAAACAUUUCUUUACAGUAAUGAACAUGAAAUUCGCCGACUUUUAUUGUAUCUAGUUGAACAAAUUUCCACCGAUUCAGAUGAAAAAUCAUCAUCUCCUGAUCAUCCAUCUGCUACUGGUUGGUCAAUCAGACCAUAUGAUAUCAUUCGAAGAUUGAAACAUUCCCGGCCAUCAACUGUAUGGAUUCCUUAUAGCUCUGAUUAUAUUGAUGACGAUGAUGAUGAGAGUAAAUAUUGUCCCGAUAGUGAUUAUCAUGAUUAUUAUGCGUCCAUAACUAGUCCAAAUUCAAUUUAUGGAAUGUAUAAUCUGAACAAUUAUUCAUUAAAGUCAUUUUUGUCCAGUAAUUCCAAUAGUCCAUUGGCUGAAUAUUGCCGAAUUAAUCUUAAUAAAGGAAAAAUGCCGAUUAUUCCGUCAACGAUUAUCGACAUUCUUGAAUGGAAUAAUCAUUUUUGGAAAGGCAACACUGCUGAUGAUGAUGACGAUAAUAAUAAAAAUCGACAAGUCGAUUAUAUGAGUCAUUAUUUCAAGACAUUGUGUGAAUCGAAACUAACGAAUGCCAUCGUUUAUCAUGGUGGUGGUGAACAAUCGACCAAUUAUGUCAAUUCUACUAUACCUUCAUUGAUGAAUGUUGGUGGUAAUGUCGAGUCAAAUGAACAGCUAUCAGCGAAUCCAGCGACCGACCAAAUUGAACGAAAAACAAAUCAACAGAUUAUUCUCGAUAAACUGCGGCAAGAAUUGUAUGAAUGUGAUUCAGAAAUCCAUCAAUGCAAAAUGAAUGAAAAUGAAUUGAUCCGAUUGGAAAAGGAAUAUCAGGAAAAGUAUAAACUAUUCGAAGCAUCGUUUAGAUCCAAAGACGAGCUUGAAAAUAGCAUUACGACGAUGAAAGAUUCCAUUGAAGAGAUUGCCAUUGCAUGGGAUGAAAUGCAAAAAGAUUUGCUAGAAAAAUUGCGUACAAAAAAACUUCAAAAUACAGCUCAGAAUGAAGCACAAAUUGAAAAAAUUCGUAUGAUUAACACUAUGAAGAAAGCUAUUGCAUCGAAACUAAAAGAAAUUCAGGCUAAAGAAUCAUUGGUUAAGGAAUUGGAAUCACGACAGCCACAACAAUGGCCACCCAGUCGUGGAUCAUAUACACGUCGUAUAAUCGAAAUCAUACAGAAUGUUAAGAAACAGAAUGAUGAAACGCUCAAAGUUGUAUCCGAAAUGAAAGCCGUUCAAAAAGAUAUAAAUAAUUUGAAUGGAAAAAUCGAACGAAGUUUUGCCAUUGCCGAUGAGACAUUGUUUCAUGAAGCUCGCCAGAAUGAAUGGAAUCGUAAUUGUUAUAAAUCAUUAGCCCUAUUACAAUCAUCAUUCACUGAAUUAUUACAAGCUAUCACUGAAAUUGGUGUUCAUCUUCGUGAGAUUCGUAAACUAGAAGAAAUGAUUGAAAGUGAAAAUAAUCGAAAAACAAGUGCAAAUCUGACCAGAAUCAAUGCCGAUCUUGAACAGAUUCGUUUGGAAAAUAAGCAGCUGAGACAGAAAAUAAGUGAUGCAUCAUCAUGAUAUCUCAUCAUUGAAUUGGUUAUUUCAUUCCAAACCAAACAGACUGUAAUGUGCCAUGGAUUCAUUUGUUUGUUAUUUUUUUUUCAAUUGAUUUUCUAAAUUAUUUGUGAAACUUUACCCAACCGAUCUAACCGAUUUAAAUGGUUGGUUGAAUGGGUGGUUUUUUUUCACAAUCAUUUUGUUCGUCCGUUGUACGGUAAAUUGUCUGUAUCGAAUCAUUAUUAUUCCGAGUGAAAAAGAAUGGAAAAAAAGACUCCAAGCAUAUAUGCAUGAAACAAAAAAAAAA